CUCUGACGUAAAAAGGCUUGAAGCCUUUCUGAUGAUCCCAUUGGCUCGCUUCGCCACGUCAUGACGUCAUGUUGUCGAUGAGGGGGGCGUGGUCAGCGCGUCAGUCGGAGGGGAGAUACCAACAUCCAGAAACCUGCGGAGGAUGCUCGACUUUCAGUAUGUGGUGACUGAGACGGAGGCCUGAAGGCAAAGUGGAUCCGGUGGCAGCAGCAGCAGAAGCAGCAGACAUCUGGCUUAGAUGAAGGAUGAAGAGCCCGGUGCACAGAUGCAGGGAUGUGGAGCACGGGCGUGGUCAGGGCAGGGCCGGGGCCACCUGCCUACAGGCCGAGCAGCGCAUCCCUAUCUCCAAAGAAUUCAUCACUUCCUCCUCUGCAUCGGCCAUGUGGUUCAUCAGGGACAUCUGCGGCAUUGUGUGCGCCAUCAUCUCCUGGAUUCUGGUGUUGUAUGCAGAGUUUGUGGUGCUGUUUGUGAUGCUGCUGCCCUCCAAGAAUCUGACGUACAGCAUUGUGAACGGGACGCUGUUCAACAUUCUGGCCUUCCUUGCCCUUGCCUCACAUGUCAGAGCCAUGUGCACUGACCCUGGGGCGGUGCCAAAAGGGAACGCUACUAAGGAAUACAUAGAAAGCCUUCAGCUGAAACCAGGGCAGGUGGUCUACAAAUGUCCCAAGUGCUGCAGCAUCAAGCCUGACCGAGCACACCACUGCAGCGUUUGCAAACGCUGCAUACGCAAGAUGGACCACCACUGCCCCUGGGUCAAUAACUGUGUUGGGGAGAACAACCAAAAGUACUUUGUGCUUUUCACAAUGUACAUUGCACUCAUCUCUCUCCACUGUCUGCUCAUGGUCGUCUUCCAUUUCCUCUACUGCUUUGAAGAUGAUUGGACAAAGUGCAGUUCCUUCUCUCCUCCAGCAACAGUCAUCCUCCUCAUACUCCUGUGCUUUGAGGGUCUCCUCUUCCUCAUCUUCACCUCUGUGAUGUUCGGCACCCAAGUCCACUCCAUCUGUACCGACGAGACCGGCAUAGAGCAGUUGAAAAAGGAAGAGAGAAGAUGGGCUAAAAAAACUAAGUGGAUGAACAUGAGGGCGGUAUUUGGACACCCUUUCUCCCUAUUGUGGUUUAGUCCCUUCUCCACCCCUGAACACGGGAAGGCUGAGACCUACCAGUAUGUGGUGUGAGAGCUCCGCGCGUUGAACGAGGCGGCCGGGUCACAACCAAAGUGGGAAACCCUGCCCAGCCCCGUAGAGCUCAGCUAUGACAGUCUGUUGCUCCCAAUGCUGAACACGGUUUACAUUGUAUCUCCCACACUAGCCAUGGACAGCUUUCCAUCUGCUUUUUGUUUGUGCGCUAUUCGUUUUAUUUUUGUGUUGCCUUGAGUGAGUUGCAGAGAAAAAGAAAGCACUUUCAGUUUGUGAAUCCUGUUUGAAAACACUGUGAUUAAUCUGUUUCUUUUUGAGCUGUUUCUAUUUCUGUUGUUGUAUCAGAAGCCUUUUUUUUUCUUGCACUGUUUACUCUUGCUUUCCCUUAAAGGGUUAGUUCAGCUAAAUUCUUAAAAAACUGAUUUUCUCACUAAUCCCUAGUGAUGUCUGGCCAUGCUGAUACCUGAAACCGCCAUCCCAAUACUAACAAUUAUUUUCAUUAUCAAUAAAUCUGCCAAAUAUUUUCAUUUAUUAAUCUGUAAAAGGCAUUACUAUGCGUCUCCAGUGACCACAUGUGAUCGGAUCUCACUUCCUCGCCCUACAUACAAA